GCCCCGCAGCUCUUGGCGCCCCGCCGGCGGCGGCCACCGCGGUCCUGCCCCAGGCCCGCCUGGAGGGCAUUGAGCGCAGAACCUGCACAUGAUUAAGUAAAACUUUGAAAAACUAGGAUUAGAGUUUACUGCUAUAAAUGACUGAUCAGCAGGAAAAAGAAAGAUGUCAAGUUAAGAGACUUUGACUCCUGGAACACCUAAACUGAAGUGCAGCUCCCAUGGCCUGUGACGAACUUGAUGCUUUCUCGGGCAUCUUCAUGCGGCAGAACUCUGCUAGUGCCAUCUCUCUUGACUUCGAGCCUGAUGCUGACUACACCUUUGUUGAGACCUUAGAAGACAGGUAUAAGUGUGCCUACUGCCACCUCGUGCUUCACAAUCCCCACCAGACGGGAUGCGGGCACCGAUUUUGCCAGCAGUGCAUUAUUUCUUUGAGAGAGCUGAAUGCAGUACCCACCUGUCCUGUUGACAAAGAAACAAUAAAGAUGCAUGAGGUGUUCAAAGACAACUGCUGUAAAAGAGAAGUUCUCAACUUGCACGUGUUUUGCAGAAACACUCCUGCCUGCAACUCAAAAAUCAUUCUGGGACGAUACCAGGAGCAUCUUCAGCAGUGUUUGUUUGAAAGCAUCCAGUGCACUAAUGAUGGAUGUUGUGACCAAAUUCUUCGGAAAGACCUGAAGGAGCAUUUAAGCCAGCACUGUAAAUUUCGAGAAGCAAUGUGCCAGUACUGUAAUAAAUGUGUGGUGUUAAUGAACAUAAAGAAUCAUGAGGAGAACGACUGUCCUGAUUAUCCUGUGCCUUGUCUCCAAAACUGUUCACAGAUAAUUCUGAAAAAGGAGAUUGAAGACCACCAUCUGGUGUGCCCUGAGGCAGAAGUGGACUGCCCAUAUAAGCAGUACGGCUGUCCUGUAAAGGUUAAAAGAGGGAAGCUCACUGAACAUGAAAACAGUGCCCUGAGGGAACACAUGCUGCAGAUUUUAGACAGGAACGCUCAGCUGGAAGAGCAGAUAUCUGAUCUAUAUAAGAGCCUGGAAUGUAAAGAGAUUAAAAUUCAGCAGCUAGCAGAGGCCAUUAAAAAGUGUGAGAAAGAAUUCAGGCAGUUUACACAACUAUUUGGUAAAAAUAGCAACUUGAUGGUAAGCACACAGGCUCUGGCCAGUCACCUGGAUAAGUCUGCACGCUUGGAAUCGCAAGUGAAACAGCUAAUACAGAUGGCAAACCAGCAACAAAGCAAACUAGACUUGAGGCCUCUGUUUGACACAAUUGAAAAUGUGAAACAGACAAUUGCCCUGAUGGAGACAUAUGACCAGCGCUUGGUUGUUUUGGAAGAUCAGUCCAGCAAACACGCUCUCCAGAUCAACAUCCACAAAGCACAGCUGAACAGAAACGAGGAGCGGUUUAAGCUUUUGGAGGGCACGUGCUACAACGGGAAAUUAAUCUGGAAAAUCACAGACUACACGACGAAGAAAAAAGCAGCAGUGGAAGGCCACGUCCUCUCCAUAUUCAGCCAGCCCUUCCACACCAGCCGCUGCGGGUACAGGCUGUGCGCAAGGGCCUACCUGAACGGAGAUGGCUCGGGGAAGGGGACGCACGUCUCGCUCUACUUCGUCGUGAUGAGAGGGGAGUUUGACUCCCUGCUACCGUGGCCUUUCAAGCAAAAAGUUACACUUAUGCUUUUGGACCAAAGCGGGAAAAAAAACCACAUUGUGGAAGUGUUUAGAGCUGACCCCAACAGUAGCAGUUUCAAAAGGCCUGAUGGAGAGAUGAACAUUGCCUCUGGCUGCCCGCGCUUCGUGUCACACGCGGUCCUGGAGAACACAAAGAACACCUACAUCAGAGAUGACACUCUCUUCUUGAAAGUGGUGGUGGAUUUAACUGACCUGGAGGAACUGUGAAACACGUGCUGCAUCAGGGGGACUGUUUUAACCACUGAGAACUGCUUUCAUGGCCACUACCAGCCAUGCAAUAGUGAAUUGCCACUAGUCAAGCCAACAGGGUUUCACAGCUUUUGGACCGCGUAACAGACGAUGAAUUGCCAAAACAUCAGCCUUUCCUUUUUUAAUCUCCUUCUGCAAGACUGGACUUUUAAGGCAGCUAGAAGUCCAGUUCUUGCAUUCAGUCCAGACUGGAGGGAUUGCUUGGCUUCAGUCACCAAACAGGUGUUUGAAGAUGAAACUCCUCCAGUAAGUCCCAUUGAAGCCCAAGCAGGCCUGUGGGCUCCUGUCCCCCAUGCAAAAGUGAAGCCAUGCCCAAGUGUGAAAGCCUAUUUCACUUGUCUGAAACUGAAGCAUUUCAACUUCAGCACAUUUGAAUUAAUGUAUCUUGAUCCUUUCACCUCCUGAAUUUUUGAAGCAUGGAGAAUGGCUUCAGUCAGGCAGGGAAAACAUCUGCCUGUGAUCAUGGUUGGUUGAGGUUUUUUUCCUUCAUUUUAAUUGGAAGAUGCCAGUGUCUCUUUUCUAGUCAGGUAUUUCAGCUGUAUAGAGUAUCCCCAGGUGACAAUAGCUUUGUUAUGUCCUGCCUAGUGCCUUGGGACUGAUUUCCACUGGUGGUAAACAUCCACAGUCCCCAACUGAACCAAAAAAAAGAGCCACAGGCGCUUCUCACCUCUCAGGGCACAAUCAGAAGCAGGGUACUUGGCCAGUCUGCCAGCUCUUGGAUGCACUGCUGGAAGAAGAAUGGCAAAAGUCCUGUACCUUUGCUCUUAGAUCUGCACAAAAGAGAUGUUUCCUGAUCUUCCAAAUCUAAAGAAGACACAAAGAGCUCCGGAUAUCUGUUUGAGGAAAGGCUCACAUGCACAUCUAACUGUUCCACUCUGCUAGAAAUGGAGAUGUUUGGACUAGGGUGCAAUAAAAUCAUAGAAUCAUAGAGUCAGUCAGAGUUGGAAGGGACCACAAGGAUCAUCUAGCUCCAACCCCCUUGCCAUGGGCAAGGAUACUUCACACUAGAUCAGGCUGGCCAGAGCCUCAUCCAUCCUGGCCUUAAACACCUCCAGGGAUGAGGCUUCCACCACCUCCCUGGGCAACCUGUUACAGACUCUCGCCACCCUCAUGCUGAAGAACUUCUUCCUAACAUCCAGUCUGAAUCUACCCAUUUCUAGCUUUGUACCAUUCCCCCCAGUCCUGUCACUCCCCAAAUCACUCCCCAUAUUAUUUUUAGGGCCCCCAACUGAAAGACUACAAUAAGUUCACCUUGGAGUUCACCUGAGCAGACUCCCUCGGUCUCUCCUCACAGGAGAGGUUCUCCAGCCUUCUGAUCAUCCUCAUGGCCCUUCUCUGGACACCUUCCAGCACAUCCCUAUCCCUCUUCUAACAGGGGCUCCAGAACUGGACACAGUACUCCAGGUGGGGUCUCACCAGUGAGGAGUAGAGGAGGAGGAUCAGUUCCCUCAACCUGCUGGCCACACUUUUCUUGAUGCAGCCCAGGCUCUGGCUGGCUUUCUGGGCUGCAAGUGCACACUGAUCCUAGGUAAAGAUUCCAGGUAAUGCAGAUCUGGCAUUUGUUAAAAGGUGAGACAGCAAUUGAGUAACAACCACUAUGAAAUAUAUCUUAAGAUCUUCAUUUUUAUUCCAAGUUCCUGCCAAGAGAACAUGUGUACUGUAUGGGUUUUACUGAAGACACCAAGAUUAGGCACUGAGGAAUAAGUGAGAAAAAACACACAUGCCUUUCAAAAGCCUUUUGGGUAGCUGUAAGAGGGAUGUCACUCUGCACACUCAGUGAUUCUGUUAUUACAAGUGACAGAAUUUUCUGCCUCUCUCAUCUCUCACAGAUCAAGUAGUGAAACAUCACAACAUAUCAAUCACUCCUGCAGUCCACUGGCGGGGGCAAACCCAAAGCUUGCCAAAAGACAUCAAGAAACUAAGCUGCAUUUAGACUAAGAGUAAACUAGGCAGAGUGAAAAUCAAAUCACUGCACGGACCACAAAGUAUAUGAGGACAAAGGUGCCAAAAUCAAAACAUGCCUGUUGUGUGGGCAGGAUGUUGAUAUCAACUGAAGUAAUACAACUUGGGGAUUGACACGAAGACAAAGGCAAAA